UACUCUUUUUAAACCACAUUAUGCAUCUUUACGUCGAUGUCCGACUAGGAAGUGAAAUUUGAAAUAGGUGGUGGGAAUUGAAAGGAAAGAGCUCCGAUGGCCGACAAGAGACCUCAUGUGUUGGCCGUUGCAUUCCCUGCUCAAGGCCACGUGAAGCCGCUCAUGAGCCUCUGUCGCCAAAUAGCCAAAUAUGGUAUUAAGGUCACCUUUGUCAAUGCCCAUUCAAUCCAUCACAAGAUACUUUCUGCAUCUCAAAAACAACAAGACAAGGACGAAGAAGAAGAAGAUGAUGAUUCCUGCCACAAUAUAGUGAUGCAAACUGUCCCUGACGGUCUCACUCCUGAAGACGAUCCAAAUAGCCCCUUUACGCUGCUCGAAACUCUCCCAAAGACAUUGCCACAAAACUUGACAGAAUUGAUUCAAAGGAUCAACACCUCCAAUCCUAACGAGAAGGUUACCUGUCUCAUUGCUGACAUCGCAUUUUCAUGGAUUUUCGAAAUUGCAGACAAGAUGGGAGCCGAGCCUGUCGCCUUUUCCACACCUUCCAUCGCAACCUUGGCCUUCAUGUUUCACACUCCCAAACUCUUAGAGCAAGGAAUUCUGGAUAUAAAUGGAUCUCUCCACAAUGGGGUUGUAGUUAGUCUUUCAAAUGAUAUACCUGCUUGGAGGAAUGGUGAGUUUCUAUGGAGUUUCCCUACAGACCCGGAAAUACAAAAGGUGUUCUUCAAAUUUAGAACAGGAUUCGAAGAAGCUAGUAAGGCAAGGUGGUUGCUUUGCAACUCUUGUCAUGAGCUCGAACCUGCAGCUACUGAGUUGGUCCCUAACGUCUUGCCGGUCGGGCCCUUGACAGAAUCAUAA